ACACAGUUAAGCCGGUUUCGUACCGUGUUUGCGGAUUUCCACGCGGAUUUGAAAAUUACACGUGUUAUAUAUAUAUAGAGAUUUGGGCUCGUUUCCAGCUGAGAUGUCGGUGUUUCACGACGAAGUGGAAAUCGAAGACUUUGAAUAUGACGAAGAAACAGAGACGUACUAUUUCCCCUGUCCUUGCGGUGACAGAUUCGCCAUAACUAAAGACGAUCUGGAGAACGGUGAAGAAGUAGCAACGUGCCCCAGCUGUUCGCUGAUUGUUAAAGUCAUAUAUGAUCAGGAGGAGUUCAUGUCAGGAGAGGUUGUCGAGGCACCAUCAACAGAGAACAAACUGAAGCUGGUUCAGGCGUGACAAAAGAUGGACUCAGCAUUUUCCUUCAAGAAUUUGCCACAUCAACGUCACUAUUUAUGAGAAAAAGAAAAUGCCUUUCAGUCUUUUGGUUUAACCAUAUAUUUAUCCAGAGAUUGGUUCUGUUAUUCACACCUGAGAGUUGCCGAGUACAACUACAAUUUUCUGACAAGCGGCUCCACUGACUCCUCAAACAGUGUCUGUUUAAAGCAGGUUGUGAUUCACUUUCCCAUGCCCAUGUUUCUCCUGCCAGUGUGGGGAUUUGAACUACUGGCCUUCUGGCACCGAACAGGCUGUUUUAAUCUGACACUAGACUUAAUGCAUCUUUCCAACACCUCUGCUGACACUUUAACUUCGUGUUUUGUUUUCCUCGUAUUCCAGAGGACACCGUGCGCACAAGAUAUGAUUCUGUAAAUAAGAUAAAUAUUAUAUUUUGAAAUAUUUUAUUUGUAUAGACGUGCUUAGUUUCUGAAAAUAAAAUGGA